GCUAGCCUCAGACAUGUCGGAAAGCCAAGCGCCAUCUGUCUCCAAAUCUAGUUUGAACGAUUUGCGACAGUUUCGCAUAAAUAAAAAUGCAGCUGCCGCAGCUGCCAGCCCAAGUCGAACUGAGCGUGUGCCUGGCAAAAAACGCAUCCAAGUGAUGGCGGACAGUGACAGCGACAGCGCCGACUGUCAGACACCAAAAAAGGCCAAACUUGUGCUGACCGUCAAGGAAAAAGAAGAACGUUAUAUGGCGGCCGCAAAAAUAAUGCCAAACUAUGAUACAAUGGCAAUUCAAGAUUCGCUGGCCCGAUCCGAUUGGGAUGUAGCCACGGCAAUACGUUAUCUGAAAGAACACUGUAAGCCGAAAGCACAAAAUGGUCCUCUGGAUAAGCUUAAAUUAAAGCACAGCUCAAAUGGCAGCGGAACCAAGUUGCAUGGGAAGUCGAGUGGCAACUACUCAGACUAUGACAAUUCCGAUGAUGAUGAUGUCAAGCAGUCCAAGGAUCAGGUGUACGACAGCGAUGACAGUGAUACAGAAAUGUCCACAAAAAUGACCGGGCAGCGUAAGAAAGUAUUUCAAUUCAUGAACACUGCCAGCCUGCUCGAACUGCAGUCGGUGAAGACGCUAUCGGAGAAGAAGGCAACGUUACUUAUAGAUUUACGACCGUUCAAUGAUUGGGCGGAUCUGCGGCAAAAACUGGAGGCUAAUCGUUUAUCGGCGGAUUUACUUAACUACGCACAGGAUCUGAUCAACAAACAGAAUACCGUUGCCACUAUAUUAAGUAAAUGCAAUGGGAUGGUGCAGCGUCUGGAAACGGCUAUAGCUAAUGGAGCGGGCAUUGUGGAGCAGCCAAAAAUGCUUAGCAGCAAUUUACAAUUGGCCGAUUAUCAAAUAAUUGGCCUUAAUUGGCUGACAGUUAUGCAUAAGCAGGAGAUGAACGGCAUUUUGGCGGAUGAAAUGGGUCUGGGUAAGACCAUACAGGUUAUAGCCUUCCUGGCGUACCUCAAGGAAAAUGGCCUUAGCAAGGGAGCCCACCUAAUUGUUGUACCUUCGUCCACGUUGGAUAAUUGGGAAGCUGAAAUUUCUAAAUGGUGUCCCAGUCUAAUAGUGGAAAAAUAUCACGGCUCGCAGGAUGAGCGACGCAGAAUGCGUGUACGUUUCGCCAAGGAUGGAUUUACUGGAUUUGAUGUCCUGCUUACCACAUACCAUAUAGUUGGCUCUACGCCGGAAGAGCGAAAGAUGUUCCGCGUUUGCAAGCUGCACUAUGUCAUCUUCGAUGAGGCACACAUGCUGAAGAACAUGACGACACAACGCUACGUAAAUCUGAUCACAAUUAAUGCCGAGAUGCGUAUUUUACUCACCGGCACACCACUACAGAACAAUUUACUGGAAUUAAUUUCAUUGUUGUGCUUCGUAAUGCCCAAGUUCUUUUCCAAGAGCAUUGAAGACAUCAAGAGUCUGUUCGUCAAGAAAAAUAAAACCGAUGGCGAUCAGGAGGAAGUUUCACAAUUCCAAGAGACACAAGUACAACGCGCCAAGCGUAUUAUGAAACCUUUUGUGCUACGGCGCCUCAAAAAGGAUGUGUUAAACAACUUGCCCUCUAAGCACAGUUGUGUGGAAAAAGUUCCAAUGUGUGCUUCACAGAAGCAAUACUAUAAGGAGCUGGUUGAAUAUUAUUCAAAUAACAAAGGUGAGAUCUGUGGUAGUAGCGAUCGUGCCGGUGUGGGUAUUAUGAUGGAAAUGCGACGUAUGGCCAAUCAUCCGUUGCUAAUGCGUCACUAUUUUACUGACGAGCAAUUGCGUGGCUUUUCUAAGCGUCUGGCACGCGUCAAUUCCUAUAAGAAAACUAAUGAGCAGUACAUAUUCGAAGAGUUGGCAAUUAUGUCCGAUUUUCAGGUCUAUCAGCUGUGCAACAAAUACGAUCUGUAUGACGUAAAAAUUCCAGACAAAUUAAUCUGUGAAUCGGGCAAAUUCCUAUAUUUGGAUACACUCUUGCCCAAACUGAAGGCGGAGGGACAUCGUGUCCUGCUCUUUAGUCAGUUUACCAUGAUGCUGGACGUUGUGGAGCAAUAUCUGAGGAUACGAAAGCAUGGCUUUUGUCGUUUGGAUGGCGCAACAGCUGUCAAAGAACGACAGGAUCUGAUCACAGAUUUCAAUGUCGAUGAUAAUAUCUUUGUGUUUCUGUUAUCAACAAAAGCCGGCGGCGUGGGCAUAAAUUUAACCGCAGCAGACACCUGCAUCAUUCACGACAUAGACUUCAAUCCCUACAAUGAUAAACAGGCUGAGGAUCGCUGUCAUCGUAUGGGGCAGAGUCGCCCAGUCACCAUUUACCGUUUGAUAUCAGAGAGCACCAUUGAGGAGGGCAUUUUGAUGGCUGCCGAAGAGAAGCUAAAACUAGAAAAGGAUAUUACGUCAACAGAGAAAGGCGAAGUGCAUGAACAGCGUUGCGUAGUGAAAUUGUUAACCAUGGCCUUGGGCCUGGACAAGGACGAAGAGGAGCAGUUGAACAACUCAUUGAACAAUUCCUUGGGAACGCCUACAAAUUAGUUUAUUAAUAUGGCCGCUGCAGCGACUUACUUUCCAUUUUCCAACAACACUGUUUUUGUAAUAGGGUAUCAUUUAAUAAUUUUUUAA